AUGGAGAGGGCCUCAUCUGUAGUUGAUAAAUUACCAGACUGGAGGAAUCAGGCGGACUGUGCUCUUGUUUCUUCGUCGACAUCAUUCCGACCACCAAUUACCUGGAAAGAUCUCCUUGAAAAUGAUGAAUUCUUCAUCCUUUUCUUCAAAUUGCACUCAAAAAUUCGACACGAUGAAACACUAUGCACGAAGUCAAUGAACUGUUUGAUUCAGUUGGCUUCUCUCACAGGCGACUGUAUGCCGGUAGCUGACCAAGAUGCGAGUACAAAAUACGUCCGAAUGUAUAUCAGUAAUCUCCUCGAAUUAUUCUCCCAAGGACCAUCAAAAUGGGAAACAAAUCAUUUCUGUAUGAUCGUCAAUCGACUAUUUCUAUAUAGACCGUUGUCUUCAAUUAUGAGACAAGAAGCCGAGCUGAGAACGAGAUUUUUCGGAUUUUUGAGAGACUAUACUAUUCAUUUAACGAAUCAAGCGAUGCAGAAGGCUAUUGGAGAAGCAGAACAUGAUGACCAUACAUCCCUUGCUUUGAUCUACGACGCCAUCGUAGUGUUACUUCGUGGAAAAUGGAGAACGACGUUCUCAUCGGAAGAAGAAGCGGAUGCAAUCGAUAAUGAAUUGGUUAAAUGGCCGGUUCUGAUGAUUGUGAAUUCAUUCAUUCAAAAUGUAUUGGCACCGCCGAAAGGAUCACGUCCAGAAGCAAAAGACGAGGAUGAUGGGGACGAUGAUUCAGAGGAUAGAACUCUUUUUGUUGAUUUAUUUAAUCCAUUGAGCUCAAUGAUUUGUUAUAGUGUUGGAGAAUUCAUGGAGAAUAUGGCGACAAACCUCCACUCUUCUCUCGCCGAAUUCACCAGCAUGGCCACUGGCACCGCUGAUAUGAGCCGUCUCCCGAUCUGGCAAGAGGAUCAACACUGGUUGAUGCUCAUUCUCGCAAAUUCGAUUGUUGGAGAGGAAAUCGACGGAGCGUGUCAUGUUGCAGGAGAUGUGUUCGAUUACACACAGAAAUUGUUUCAUUCGGGACGAAAAUUCGAUUGUUUGAAGAAGGCGCAGUAUCUGCAAUUGUGUAUUGAGCAUCCGACACAGGAUAGACAGGUUUAUGCACAAGAAGUUGAUCCGUUUGUUAUAAUCAUGGGAGAACUCUUCGCCUGGGCUGCCAUCGAACACGACGUCUUCGCCAAUGCGUCCCGUGAAAUGAUCAGUCCAGAACUGUGUCGAAGCACUUUCCUCUGUCUCAGAAGAUUCUUGAAUGCGGCGAGUAGUCCGGUGGACUGUGAUAAGUGGAAUGACUACCAAGGUGUUGCAUCUGAACAUCUUCCAGUGAUGCCAAAAGACAAAGGAUUCUCAGCAGUUCUCGUUCGAUUCGUCGUCAAGAAGGUUCUUGCAGUCCUAGUGAACUACGGAUCGGAAGAGAAACUCUGCCAAGAUGCAAUCGAUUGUCUUCUGAGUCUUGUUGAAUCUCAUGCGUCUGAUAUUGCUUCAUCUGCUGAGCUGUUCGAGUACUUGAACUCUCUUGAUAUUGCACGUCUUCCAAAUCGAUCGAAUCUUAUGAAGGCGUUGGUUUUGAUUGGUGCAGCUGCGAAUGAUCAAGAGUUACAAGAGAACAUGUUCAAAAUGAUCCUCGUCCCUCUAUCAGAGAGAUUCGUGGCGGCGUGUUCAGUGCCAUCUCAGUCGGAAAUCGACUCACAAAUUGUCGACUAUCUUCAGUGUUUUGAUGGAGUGGCGAAAGCCAGUCAGAGUCAUUCGGCUCCCGUUCUUUUCAAAUUUCUCUACGCAAUCAUCGAAAAAUGCAUCGGACUAAUGCAAUCUCGUAACCAGAACGAGAUCGUCGUUUCGAAUAUUCUUCAAUUAAUUCUCGAUGUGACAACAAAAGUAUCGAUUUAUAUUGAUAAUGAGGAUGAAUCGAAUGCAUUGUAUUCAUCACUUUUACAAAUUGUCGACUCGUAUCGAAAUGAUCAAAUCAAGAGAUUCUCCACAUUUACGGCUGAUGAUGAGGAUAAGGCGGCGGAUUUGGCUCUCUUCAUCGACAUUCUCUCAAAUGUUCUCUCGAAAGACUUCUUGACACUCGGAGAAGAAAACUGUUCAACUGGAGCGAAAGUCGUCAUCCAUUCACUCGAAAUGCUUCUAACAAUCAUGAAUGACCGUGUCCUCCAAAUGCCAGAAGUGGCUCUCAAAUUCUUCCGCCUCAUCUUGUAUCUCGUUGAGUUCUCUCCAGAAUCACUGGCUGAAAUGUCAGAUAACUUGAUGUCAUCGUUGUGUCAGUGUAUUCGGCUCGGAAUGACUGGACAAUUUGGAAUGGAAAUCACGUCGACAUCUCUUGAAUCGCUCACUGAAGUUGUCCUUCACUACGGUAUUGAAUCGAAUAAACCGAGAUGCACACAGAAUUUGGCACUUUUAUUCAAAGAAAUGCUUCCGACUGUAUUCGAGACGUGUCUAUCGAACACCUGUGAGAAUAGUAUCUACGCCGAAUCGUGCUCUGCCUUGUACGCACUCAUUGCUUUUGAGAGAUCCUUCUUCGACGAAUACGUCAACAAUUUGCUCUCAAACCGAUCGAAUCAACAAGCACGUGGAGUAUUGGAAGCAGCAUUCACAGAGUUGAUGACGGUCACUCCGGAGGCUGGAAAUCGUCGUGGAAGAGUACAAUUCCGCAGCCGAAUGGAGAAAUUCCUCAAUGGAAUCCAAGGACUUCUCAGCUACACUUAA